AUGACAUGGAGCAAAGAGGGGAAUUACCCGCCCUCCGUCCAGACGUCCGUGCACGUUAUGACCAUGUCCCUGCAGGGCCUGGCUGCCACUGAAGAUGCCACGGUGUCUGUGAGGGAGGUGGACAUGAGCACAACUGAUGAGGUUCUGAAGCAUCAGUCGGGCUCCAGCAGGCAGCCCGUGCUCAGUCCAAAGUUCUGUCCCGGAGUGAACAACAGAGCGGGCUACCUGUGUGAAACGGGUCACUGCUGUGGAGAGACGGGCUGCUGCACGUAUUAUUAUGAACUCUGGUGGUUCUGGUUGUUGUGGACCCUGCUGAUCCUCUUCAGCUGUUUCUGUGCCUACUGGCACUGUCGGACCAAACUGAGGAUCCAGCAGCAGCAGAGACAGAGAGAAAUCAAUCUGAUUGCCUACGAUGGAGCCUCCACCUACCCUUCCUCCAUGCUGAACCUCAGUACGUUUACCUCCUUCAAGCUGCCCUCCUACGAGGAGGUGGUUGCGCAGCCCAGCACCCCUCCGCCGCCUUACAGCUCCAUCUUCCCCCUCCAGGGGGGUCCCACAGCGGGCCCCAGCUCCUGCUACCUUCACCACCAGCAGCAGCCAUGUCCCCCAUACCCGGGCCCAGGCCCUGGUCUGAGCGCUCUGACCUCCUCUCAGAGCUCUGAUAACUACACCAGCUGCUCCUGCGAGUCCUGCUCCCUCACCUCCCCCUCCACCGCCUCCUUCUCCAUCCAGGUGAUGGACGAGACGUUCAACAGCAGCCGGGUGUCCACACCCAGCGAGGCUAGACAGGAGAGGGACGAGGAAGAGGAGGACGGAAAAGACAACGACGAGGACCAUUUUCACCACCGGCGACUGACAGGUGACUCUGGCAUCGAAGUGUGCCGCAGUCGUGUCAGGAGUGGGGAUGAGGGAUGGCAGGAAGGACAUUCAGAGAAAGGUAGAAAUGAGGAAGGAGGCGGGGUGAACAUGAACGGCCCCGUGCGAUCCUGUCCCUCCGAUGACCGUGAGGAGCAACAUGGUGGGCUUUCUCCAACCGGCAGCAUCACCAAUAGGCCCAGAGAGUCCAUCCGUGGACCUGGAGGGUCCGUCCGUGAACCUGGAGGGUCCGUCCACGGGCCCAGAGAGGUUGUCCAUAGGCCUGGCGAGACCGUCAUCACCUUAAAGGUGUUGUAA